AUAAACCCACCUUAGUUAGUCAGCCGUUUCUACGCGAAGCGCAUGCGCGCGCUUUUACGAAUUUGACGUUUCCUAACCUCCAUUUUUGAAACGUAAACAAAACUUUUUUCUCAGUGAACGCAAAAGUGUUUUGGAUUUUUUUUUUUGAGUGACUGCAAAGAGAUGGCUCGUCAAGUAAGAUUUGGAAGGCAAAUCUGACAGCAAUCUUCCGCAUGUCACCGGUGAACUGAACCUUUUCAAAAUAACGACUAAUGCACGACGCACUUUCGAAUAUCUUGCGUCUCGAGCCGAAGAUAAUGGAAUUGAUAUCACACAUGAGCACUUGCUGUAACAGCUUUUGUGUCCUUUGUUUACUUUAAAGUACCAAGUAUCAUCACAGAACCUGAGGCAGUAAUGCUCUGACGAUGGCGAAGCGAAAUCGCUGUAUGUGCGCUGCCGACGCAGAUAUACACCCUGAUAUCAAAAAGAGAUUUAGACCUAUUACAAUAAAUAUAGCAAAGCUAUCUCUAGUUCUAUUAUUAGCUAUUAGUGUAAAACAUGUUAGUUGUGAAGAAAAUUCUAGUGAAGACACAAACGAACUGUCAAAACGUAUGAAAGUGAUAGAAAGUGUAACCGGAAGAUUUUUCAGUGAUGUAUACCAAAACGGAACUUUUAGGACUGGAAAUUCUUUGUGGGACAAUAUCUUGAAUAAGUGUAGUGUGAAUCCGUCGGUUAGCUGUUUGCAAAAGAACGUUUACAGUUAUUUAGACGAUAGUUUGAAAUUUAAUGGUGAUGUGGACAUUGGUCACGGUGUGUGUUUCAAGAAAAACAACGUGGAUAUCAGCAAGUACAGUAAAGAAGCGAACAUUAUCUACCUCACUGGGAGUAAGGACGAUCCGAAGGAUGCAAGCGGAAGACACUUUGAUGAAGAAAAUGAAAUUGAAGACGAUGAUGAACCAGAAUCUCCCUUAGAAGAAGUGACAGACGGCCUCUACGACAAAGGCGUCAAGUUCCUGGUGACCCACGACGUCAAAGUGACGCUACCAGAGUUCUUCUUCCAAGGGGCCACCCUGAAGAUAUCUCCGAGAGCCCUCACGAAGACUGGUGCUCUUGUCCACAUUGAUUUGGAGCCGAAGGCUAAUGAUGUGGGGAACGGGAGGCUGUUCUUCCAGAAAAUAAAAAAAUACGUAAAGAAGAAGCUCCUCACCGCUGCCAUAGCCAUCAUACUGGUCGUGAAGCUGAUCGCAUUGAAGAUAGUCUUCGUUCUCCCCCUCAUCAUGGGGGUGACCACCGCCAAGAAGAUGUUCCUGAAAUUCCUGCUAUUCCUGUUCCCUGCACUAAGCCACAUCUUCAAACUGUGCUCGUGGUACCACCAGAACUACCACACGACGAAGUAUCACCACCAUCAUCACUUGAUCACUCACCAUCAUAAGCCAUCACACGGCCACGGUUCAUACGGUCACUCAUCACACCCCAGCUCGACUGUGAUCGUCAGGCCGCACUCUGAAGGCCCUCCACACACCUACGACCACUACCCGACUCAGGAUUGGGAGCUGUCUGGACCAGGACUUGGCAAUGAGUACGUGGCGUCAGGCAUAUCCAGUAUCCACCGCAACGCGAUCGCCAACUUCAAGCCAGAUGUCAAUGACGCUAAUGACAUCAACUCAUGGGGACUGGGCAUGCCACCAGGACCUUCCACGAACACAGGGGAAUAUGCCAGCACCAACGUUGUGCCUCAAGUGGUGGGAAAUCCCAACACUGGGCAGAGAAUCAAUUUGGCAGUUCCAGGAAGGCCUGUUGGACCACCAAAUCCAUAUCGGAUCAAAAAGCAGCAAGUAAAAGAUCCUUUACAGGCUGAAAAAGAUGCGCUGAUACGAGCAGCGGCUUUAGCGGCCAGAGCGCCUCCGUCACCAGUGAGAGACGAGUUGCUCAGAGUCUCGGCCGCCAAGCUCACCGAGACCGAGCGAGUGAGGGCCGAGGCCGAACGAGUGAAGGCCGAGUCGGCACUCGUCAAGCAACAGCAGCAGAUACUGGCUGCACAGGACCCAGAAACGAUAACAGCAGAGAAGUUCUACGGGAAUCUAAUAGACAGAGUGGACAAGAUCCUAGCUUCAAUAGGUGCGACGGAGUCUGGUUGUGGCGAGAGAGCUGUAUGUGCUCUAUAUAGAGAGCCUUUCCGCCACGCACCGUACAGCAAUCUACUGUCCAAUGAACUCAGCAAAGACUCCAGCGAGUUGGUUCCCCCAGCAGACAGCACGAUGGCACUUCGGUACUAUACGUACGUGCAAGCAGCGAGAGACGGCCAAGAGCAGAAGGAAUGUAACGCCCUUUAUCCCAACUGCCCCGUAGACUUUGACAGGCACCAAAAGUAAUUUAGGAGUAUAAAGUCGCGCAGGGAGAGUUAA